GGUUAACCAGGCUGGAGAGCGUCAGUAGCUGUGGAGGUGCGUCAUGGCGCGGUGAUGUCUCCGGAGCGCGCGGCGGUGUCUCGGCCGAUGACCAGAACAUGGAGCCUCUCAACGCCACCGAGUGUAACGCCACUGACGGGACGAACAGCAGCUGCAGCGACGGCUCCAACCAGUUUAUCCAGCCGGUGUGGCAGAUCACGCUGUGGGCUGUGGCUUACUGCAGCAUGGUGGCCGUGUCCGUGGUCGGUAACCUGGUGGUCAUCUGGAUUAUUCUGGCGCACAAACGCAUGAGAACCGUCACCAACUACUUCCUGGUGAACCUAGCCUUCGCUGAAGCCGCCAUGUCGGCCUUCAACACAGUCAUCAACUUCGCCUACGCCGUUCACAACGAGUGGUACUUUGGUUUGAUCUACUGCCGCUUCCACAACUUCUUCCCCAUAGCGGCCAUCUUUGCCAGCAUCUACUCCAUGACGGCCAUCGCCCUGGACAGAUACAUGGCCAUCAUCCACCCCCUGCAGCAGAGGCUUUCCUCCACAGAGACCCGGGUGGUGGUGGUUGUCAUCUGGAUGCUAGCUCUGCUGCUAGCCUUCCCUCAGUACUACUACUCGUCCACCAUCAUGCUGCCGGGACGCACCGUCUGCUUCAUAGACUGGCCUGAAAACACGGGAGACUUCCAGAAAAUAUAUUACGUGUGCGUCACACUGCUCCUCUACUUCCUGCCCCUCUGCAUUAUGGGAUGGGCGUACAUGACUGUGGGCAUCACCCUGUGGGCGAGCGAGAUCCCGGGAGAUUCGUCUGAACGCUACAAAGAGCAGCUGACCGCCAAACGCAAGGUGGUGAAGAUGAUGAUCGUGGUGGUGUGUACGUUCGCCGUCUGCUGGCUGCCCUAUCACGUCUACUUCCUCCUCCACCAGUUCUUCCCUGACUUGUUCGAGCAGCGCUACAUCCAGCAGGUGUACCUGGCCGUCAUGUGGCUCGCCAUGAGCUCCACCAUGUACAACCCCAUCAUCUACUACUGCCUCAACAGCAGGUUCAGAGUCGGUUUCCAGCAAGUGCUGUGUCGCUGUGCCCCGGCCGCUGUUAAAGAUGAGCUGGAGCUUAAGUCGCCGCGUUGCCUCCAGACUCAGAUGAGCACAUUUCGUACCAGUCGGGUGGAGACCUUCAUUUCCACGGCCGUCCAUCCUGCAGCGGCGGACCAGAAGAGGGCGGAGCCGGCGUCCAGCCCUGCCCACGUCGACCAGGCUCCCGUGGAGAUCACGUCCAACGGCUCGGGCUCGGAGACGCUUCCCAAGAACCCUCCCAUCUCCUCGGAGUAGCACACACACGGACCUAUGACUCUUCUUCUGUGGAGUUUAAGUGCACUGUUUAGCCACCAUGCUGUGUUUCGCUCUAGGACGUCUUUAAUAACCAGUGUAGGCCGGACAGAUCCCCCCCCCUGGUCCGACUCUUGACCUCUGGCGUUCUCUGGAGAGACCGAAACCUUGCCUUCCCCUGGCAACAGCGUCACUUCGAGUCGAGUUUGUGACGCCGUGGUUGUGUUGUGUGGAAACACAGUGCAGCUAGCACCUGUUGCGCAGGAUUAGCCCCUUGUUUUGACGAUGUGUGGAGCCCGGGCUCUGUCUGCAGCAGCCAGGUCACAGGCCAGCUAAAUAUAGAGCGAAGGACGGGAGACGCAUAUAGAAAGGUUGAUAAGGUGGUGAAAGAAAGGAAAGGAUAGAAAAACAUUCAGCACUCCUCUCAGAGCGAAGGAGGACUGAUUCUAUUUGAGGCCAGACAACAGCUGCACUAAAGCACGUUCAGUUUAAACCUUUAAACCGCUCUACGCCUGGUUGGAUGAGAACAGGAAACAACCGAGGACCAAAUAUUUGGAUGUCGUUUAUUGGCUUCCCAUCAGCUGUUCACGUCUCAUUUUGCAUUUUCCUAACAAUCAUUAGCUCCAUGUGACUGGAAUACUUUCAGGAGGGGCAGCAGAGUUGUUAAGCUGCUCGCUCAGAAUUACAAGAAACAUCAGAACAUUUCCAGAUCCAAGAGGAGUUUGAGAGGCAACUGGACUUUAGCGUUUGGAGAAGAUGUUUCUCCAGUAGUUUCUUCAGUAGACAGUAGUAGUAGAGGCGGUUUGACCACAAAUCUAUAUCACUGUAUUUGUCAAAAUUCUGACACUAUCACAGUAUUUUUUUUUUCAUGCAUAAUCACGUGUUCACAACAUUUUCUACUAGUUGAGGGAAGAAUUAACGCAGUAGAUUUUUACUGUGAUGAUAAGUAAAUAUUGUAAAUUAAUCCCACACUAGUAGUCAAACAGGUUAGCGUAGCCCCGUGUUAGCACUGACUGAAGAUAUGGAAAUCUAAGGACAUUUACAGCUCAGAGAU